AUAUAUAUAUAUAUAUAUAUAUACGUGCAGGUUUUACGUUGUAACUUACUGAGUGACUUUCUAGUGUCACGUAUUAAAUUAUUCCACAUCAGUCGGUAAAAUGUCCGCAUGCAUCUGAUUCUUCUCUAUGCUAAUAUAAUAGGCACUAGCAAAUAAUUUAUAAAGGUUACCGUGUUUUGAGAACUUUUGCUUUUGAAUCCCACACUAUGGGUGUUCUGUAUCUGGUAACUAGCUUUCUGGAUCCAAAGUAGAUAAUUAAAGUACUGUAAUAUCCGUCCUCGGGGUUCAGAGAUAUAUAAACUUGUAAGCCUUUAUGCAUCGUAUACAGUUUGAACAGUGAGAUGCUUAAUUCUUUAGGACGACUCAAUUAAUGUAACUCGUUUACCAAACAUACUUCGUUGUGUUCGACCGCACAUUUUUGAUUUACUUGUAACUGACUAUCUUAUCAUAUAUAUAUAUAUAUAUAUAUAUAUAUAUAUUCUGGCAUUUAUAUGGUACGUUUUAUUUAUUUAAACACAUAAAGAUUGAUACAGGGAAGCACCAAAUAUAUAUGCGCCACACAAAUCGAACGAUUUGUGUGAGGGCUGAAAUAAUCCCCGGAUGCCUAAACCGAAGCAGGGAGAAUGAGAAUGUAACUCAAUAAAUAAAUGUUCUAUCGUUUACUAACUCCAACUAUACCUACCAAAUUGGAGAGAAUUUGAUAAUAAUAGUAAUAAUGUCAGAGUAAUAAUUGAGCUGAAACAAACUAUGCAUUAUCUCAGACAAACAACUGUGCUAUCGAUAAAAAUGCUGGCCAUAUAUACACUGAAAAAGUCAAGAAUGUACUACUACCGAAUAACAUAACACGGAAAAAUUGAAUCACAUUUUUACGUAUUGGGUGUUCUCUAUCUCAUCGAAUCCCCAUUGCUAUGUAUUUAAUGCCCCCUUGUAGUGAUGAUUGUGUUCAAAUAAGUAAAACAAUUCCAUUAUAUCGUUCGUGCUGUUUUCUUAAUCCUUGUUUCUUUAGUCAGAAUUGUGCAUUCAUGACGGGAACAGUAGAAGCUGGGAGUAAUGAGUCGGAUGAGUCUGUUGAGGCAUGGUGGGAGAGAUUUUUAAAGCAAAAGCUUGCUGAUGAUGAGUUAGAUGUAGAGCUCCGGUCUGCAUGGGAGAACUGUGUUCAGAGACGAGCUAAAUUUGCUCAAGAAGUCAAACGAAUAAUGGAGUUAUAUCAACCAAUAGAGAAGUUACUUAACUCUACACUUAAAUCCGAUCGUGAACAACGAGGUCAAAGUCUCUAUAGAGAAUGGGGUAAAAUACGUCGUAAAGAAUGCCUUCUAGCUUAUUAUGAUAACGAUACAUUUCGUGCCACUUACACUCGACAACGUUAUAUAAAUAGUUCUACAAGUUUCCUUCAGGCUUUAGUCUAUCGAAUUAUACCGGAAAAUCCAGACGUUGAAGUUUAUUUACGGGAUCAUGUUAGUCGUAUUAUUAGUAUUGGUGUUGGUCCCGGGCCAGAUAUAGCUGCUUAUUUGGCAUAUGCACGUUGUCGUGGUUUCACUCAACGUAUUGUUUAUUUUGCCAUUGAUCAAUGUGCUGGAUGGGGCAAUUAUCUAGCUGCUUUUGAUCGUCAGUGGUCAUCUGAAUAUCAAGUGUCUGUUUGGUUCAAAAGUUCACGUUUUAAUAAUCGGGAUGAUGUAGAGACACUACCAGAUGCAGACAUGGUAGUAUUUAGUUUUGCUAAUACAGCUCUUAUGGCUAGUACUAUUUGGCCGUUGUUACAACAGCGUUAUCGAUUCAUCAUUGUUUUAGAUGGAAUUAAGGAGGUUGUUGUUGAUAGUUUCUUGAAUGCUGGAUUUAAAGAUAUUACUCUCACUGAACGAACAAAAGUGUAUUAUCAUUUUAAUGGGAUCCUUCCACUUGAAUCAUCUACAACAUUAGAUCAUGUACUAUGCAGUUAA